AUGUCGAUGAUAAAUAUGUCCAGGGACCCAUUGGUCGUUGGCCACAUCGUUGGGGAUAUUGUGGACCCUUUCAUGACUACUGCGUCAUUGAGGAUCUUCUUCAACAACAAGGAGCUGACAAACGGGUCUGAGCUCAAGCCAUCUCAAGUGUUCAACGUUCCAAGAGUUUAUAUUGGCGGGCGAGACAUGAGGAAUCUGUACACGCUUGUGAUGGUGGACCCUGAUGCACCAAGCCCCAGCAACCCUACUAAAAGAGAGAACCUUCAUUGGUUGGUAACAGACAUUCCAGAGACUACUGAUGCAAGUUUUGGAAAUGAAAUAGUCCCCUAUGAGAGCCCACGUCCAACUGCAGGAAUCCAUCGUUUCGUUUUCAUCCUGUUUAGGCAGUCAGUCAGGCAGACCACUUAUGCACCAGGGUGGAGAGCAAACUUCUGCACAAGGGACUUCGCAGCGAUCUACAAUCUCGGAUCGCCUGUCGCUGGGAUGUACUUCAACUGCCAAAGAGAGAAUGGCUGUGGUGGUAGAAGGUACAUUAGGUAA